UGGUGGGGAGAGAAGAGGGAGAGAAGGGAGACAUUGCAGACCUGAGGUGCCUGCGAGGCAUCUGAGGGCCAGGAGGUGUGGCUGGGUGGUGGGGGCUCCGGGGACAGAGCUUUCCGGUGGGGCCGUGGAGGCAGCAGUCCCUGUGGCCCAGCGAGGAGGAAGCUCCGGCAGACGCAGCCGAGCAGGCCGUGCGGAAGCCACAGGCCUGGAGGAAGUGAGCAGCGCGCGUGGCCGCGGCCUUCCCCCGGCCCCUCCAGCCCCCCGCGGCUGGGAACGUAACUUAUUUGGAAGCCAGUGAUCACGAGCUACGAGGCCUUCAUUUCCUGGUGUGGAGGAGGCAGCCGGGGCCAGUGAGGGAGAAAUGGAGCCAGAGUCUCUCUACAACCUGCUGCAGCUCCCUAAGGUGACGGGCCCGCCGGCGGAGGAGGACCUCCCACAAGGAGAAAAGAAGAAAUACCUGCCCCCCACUUCCCGGCAGGAUCCCAAAUUUGAAGAACUACAAAAGGUGCUGAUGGAGUGGAUCAAUGCCAAACUCUUCCCCGAGCACAUCGUGGUCCGCAGCCUGGAGGAGGACAUAUUCGAUGGGCUCAUCCUGCACCACCUUUUCCAGAUGCUGACCGGGCUCAAGCUGGAAGUGGAGGAGAUGGCUCUGACUGCCCCGAGCCAGAGGCGCAAGCUCGAAGUGGUCCUGGAGGCCAUCAACGGCAGCCUGCAGAUGGAGGAGGGGCAGCUCAAGUGGAGCGUGGGAACCAUCUUUAGCAAGGACCUACUGGCCACCUUGCAUCUGCUCGUGGCCCUGGCCAAGCACUUCCAGCCCGACCUGCCCCUCCCGGCCAACGUCCAGGUGGAGGUGAUCACCAUGGAGAGCACCAAAAGUGGUCUGAAGUCAGAGAAGUCAGUGGAACAGCUCACUGAAUGCAGCACAGACAAGGACCAACCUACGAAGGACGUCUUUGAUGAAUUAUUUAAGCUCGCUCCGGAGAAAGUGAACACGGUGAAAGAGGUGAGAGAGAUCAAAGCUCCCAGGCCUGGGACUUGGGAACCCAGGGCUGGGUUGGGACUAACAUCUGGUGGGGUCUUGUCACAGCUGCACAAUGUCACCCUCGCCCUGGAGCUGCUGAAGGAUGAAGGUCUGCUCGACUACCCCAUCAACCCCGAAGACAUCGUGAACAAGGACGCCAAGAGCACACUGCGGGUUCUCUACAGCUUGUUUCGAAAGCACAAGCUGAAAGAAAGCACAGACAGCAAGCCCCAUGAACCCCCAAAUUAACUGUCACUGCCCCCAGAAGCUGCUUCUCAGAGCCUGCCUGCUGCACCAGCCGGAAGACCCAAGGGCUCCAGAGGGACCUGCCCCACCAUGCAGCCAGCUGCCCCUGCUUCCCGUGCGUCUGCGGGAUGCCUGCCCCGCCCCCACCCCCAUUCCCGCGUCCAUCUGAGUAUCUCUGAAUUCACGAGGCAUGCAUGGAUCUGUUUUGAGCCUACCCCUGGCCUCACUCAGUUUAUAUUAACAAGUGUUAUUUCUGGGAGGGAUCUGGGGCCUGCAGUGUCCUGGGAGAGACGAUUCAAUCUGUGUGUGUAUGAGUUCCCCCCCAUCCCCCACCUGGCGCAGCUCCCCUUCCUGCGCGGCCGGGCAUGGAAGGUGCUCGGAGUCCCAUCUCUGACGGCACCCGUGGGGGCAGCUGAGAGCCCAGUGAUGCUGACCUUCACUGGGGUUCCAGGGUCUGACCUUGGGAGCAGAAAGGACUCUCGGGUGUCAGGGCGGAUGGCCAGAGGUCCCCCCCCCGCCUCUCAGGGUGAUGCACGUGGCUCCGAAAGCAAGCCCCCGAGCCCCUUGGGGAAGUUAAGUUCGUCCUAGCCAGAGGAACUGUGGCACAGGCCCACCCCCACAACGGUGGCAGAGAACCUUGCCCAGAAAUCCCAAAGGAGAAAUCCUUGUGGUCUCCCAGGCUGUCCCAGGGAGGGACCUUGCUUUCUCUCUGGUGAGACUUGGCCCUUGCUGCCUAUGUUUCUCAAAGACUAAGUCCCUGGAGGAGGGUUUACGGUGGCUGUCCCAGUAGCCGAUGUGGGGCAGGGACCAGCCAGGACAAGGCACAGGGGGCGGGGGUCAGGGCUGGCAGGGGAGGGCUGAGCUGGGCACCCGGGGGCUGCUGCUGGGCUUCUCCCCUACGUUCCCAGCUCUGGGCCCCUGUGGAGGACAGAGCCCACUAGGUCUGGGGUUAUCACAGUUUGAUGGCCUUGGAUUUAGGGAGGGGCUUUGCAGUAGGGGACUGGCCGGUGUGGGCCAGGCCAUCUUUGCCGGGCCAGCUGGUGGAGCUUGGGAGGACGUUCUGUAGGGAGUGACAUCAAGAGCCCUUAGAGUCGGUGUCUGAGUGCAAGAAGGUCUCAAGUGGUCUUCCUUCCACUCCACCCCCGUCCACCUGCUCCCCUCCCGUCCCGAUUCACAGGCCAUUAGGUUUAGAGGAGGUCAUGAGGGUGGGGCCCCCAUGAUGGGAUUAGUGUCCUAGUAAGAGGAAGAGACACUAGAGUUCGCUCUCUCUUUCCCUGAUGCCUGAGGACAUAGCAAGAAAGUGGCCGUUCACAAGCCACGAGGAGGGCUCUCACCAGCCCUGAAUCUGCCGGCACCUUGAUCUUGGAUGUCCAGCCUCCAGAAAUGUGAGAGAUAAAUGUCUGCGGCUCAAGCCCCCAGCCUGUGGUAUUUUGUUACGGCAGCCGAAGCUGCCUGACCCAGAUCCUCUGUACGAUGAGUCAUUAGCGAAAUAAGAUGAAGACCACAGAGCUCCCCCUGCACGCCUCCUACGAUGGCUAAAUUGAAAAGUCCCACAAUUCCAAGUGUGGGCAAGGCUGUGGAGCAGCUGGAAUUCUCCUACAAGGCUGUGGGAAUGCAAAACGGUGCGUUUACUUUGGAAAGGCGUUUGGCAGUUUCUUAUAAACUGAAACACACACUCACCAUAUGACCCAGCCGUUUCACUGCUAGGUGUUUAUCCAAGGAAAAUGAAAACAUAUGUCUACACAAAGACUUACGCGUGAAUAGCAGUACUAGUCACCAAAACCUCAGACUGGGAAGAACGCACAGGUCCACACGCCGGCAAACGCAUUACGGUGUGUUCGUAGAGCGGGUUCUGCUCGGCAUCGAGGAGAGGGGCGUGGAUCCGAGCCGAUGUGGAAGAUGUCAGUAGCGCUGGGCAGACUGGAAGAUCGGAGACACAGCAGGCUACGUACUGCUGGUACAGUUAAUAAGAAAUUCUAGAAAAGGCAAGACCACAGCAGUAGAGAGAGAGGAGUGGUCCCCAGGGCCGGGGGCUUGGGGACAGGAACUGACUGCAAAGAGACACGAGGGAAGCUUUGGGGGAGGUGGGAAUGCUCUGGGUCAUGAUCGUUGGUGUGAUGGAAACAUGACUAUAUGCAUUCAUCAAAACUCAUCAAAUCAUACACUUAGAAUUAGGGAAAUUGACCUUUUAUAGAUUAUUCCUCAGUAAAGCUACAAACAACUGAAGGAUUGAAA